AUGAGCCUCAACGAGCACGACGCGGCCCUGUCCGGGCUCAUGGGCGUGGAGGAGACGCCGCCGCCCGCGCCGCUGGUCAAGGCGCUGGGCCCGCAGCAGGCGGAGGUCGUGGUCAAGCGCAACCAGUCCAAGUACGACUUCGUCAAGGUGCGCGUGUGGGUGGAGGACCACGUCUACGUGCUGUCGCGCUACCUGCUGUGCCGCGCGCUGGUGAGCGCCAAGAUCAAUUCGAGGGACGCGGUGCAGAUUUCUCUGGACUUGAAGAGGGUGAGGCGGACGAAGAGGAGGGGGGGAAGUGGGGUAAUGAGAGGGGUGGAGCAAUUUGAAGACUUUCUGUACAAGACCAUGCUGGUGUUUGGCUACGGCGAACCGCAGAUUUCCUGCUACAGGAUGAUGUCGAGCUUCCAUCGCAACCGCGUCCCGCUACUUAUUAUGCUGGCGGGAACUGCCUGCAUCGGCAAGUCCACAUUGGCAACAAAGUUGGCCGACCGUCUCAACCUCUCGAGCGUUCUCCAGACAGACCUGAUCUUUGAGCUCAUGUGCAACUUUUCUGGGCAGGAGAAAACGUCCUACAUAACGACGAGUUUUUCAUCAACGGAAGAUCUUAUCGACGAGUACCAGAAGGAGUGCGAGGUGGUGCGCAAGGGGGUAAAGUCCGACAUCGACAAGUGCCUUAAGGACGGCAAGUCCCUUAUCAUCGAAGGAUUCCACAUCGAUCCCCGACUGUACCAAAAGACUAUUGGCGCCCCCGAAAAGGGUAGCAACGCCACCUGCUCCGGUAUCGUGGUGCCCUUCCUCCUGACUCUGGACGAAGCUGAUCAUCACAACUUCAUGACCAACUCUCCCGACCCCCGAUACCGCGGCGAUCAAAAUGUAAUGGGCUUCCGCAACUUGCACGACGUGCAGAACUACCUUGUUGUACACAGCCAGGAGGAAGGCAUGCUCCCCUUUACCGAGGUCCGUAUCAACCUCCAUUCAUUCCACGACACGCUUGACCACCUCCACGACGUUGUACUCAAGCGCAUCGAGGAGGUAUUUGUCAGUAGCAAACGAACUCUAUGCGAGUAA